GAUGGAAAGCUUUUAUUUUGAAAAAGUCUCACCGGUUCCCUUAACCGGAAGUAAAACGCUUACAAUAUUUUGUUCCGACAUAACGUUACCUAAAUAAACUAGAAGAUGUCGGAGGAGGAAGAUGAUUAUAUGUCCGAUGCCUUUCUAAAUCCAGUAUUGGACGUUCGGCCUGGUGUGCCAAUGGCGAAACGUUUAAAGGAGACAUUAAAGCGAGAGACUUUGCAGAAAGAGAAGAAUAUUCUUAACCAGCAGAAAAGCUACAAGGAGCAAGAGCGAAGCAGACGAGAUUUGGCCCUGCAGAGCUCUCUAAGCAGUGAGAAUAAAGGCUUUGCUUUGCUGCAGAAAAUGGGCUACACUGCAGGACAGGGUCUUGGGAAAGAAGGUACUGGACGAGUUGAACCAAUUCCCCUUAAUGUAAAAACUGGUAGAGGGGGCAUCGGGUUGGAAGAACUAAAGAAAAGGAAGGCAGAGGAGAACUUGGAAAAAUACAGAAAGAAAAUUCUGGUGAAGCAACGUAUGGAGAAGUCGUCUCUUGAGGAUUUCAGAGAGCGUAAAAGAACUGAAAGAGAAAAGCUUGAAAUUGAAGGAGACCUGAGGAAGAGUCAGUUUGCCUGUGAACAGCUGGACAGACAAAAGAAAAUAAGUGUCCCGAAGGACAGUUGGUAUUGGCCUGAAGUAGAUGAUGAUAAUCAAGAGGAUGAGCAUGAUGAAACCAACACUGAAGAAAGUAAAGAUGAAGAAUUGACGUCAAUACUGAAGCUACAGCUUAUCACAUCAUACCUGAGGAGUGUACAUUUCUACUGCAUAUGGUGUGGGACAGCAUAUAGAGAUGAGGAGGAUAUAAACACCAACUGUCCAGGUUUUACAGCAUCACACCACAAUGAGUAGAGGAAGAGAUCUGCCAUUAUAUUUUCUUUCCCUUUUUUACUAUUGUUUUGCAUGCAGGCCUUUUAUUACCUUUAGGACAGUUAUAUAUUUUGUUUCGAUCGCUUUGUUAUUAAAUAUAUUUUGAUUGCUCUGCUGAA